AUUUGGGUGUGGGUGUGGGCGAGCGAGCGCAUGUGUGUGUGUGUGUGUGUGUGGAUGCUGAUGCUGGGAAGACGAAUGGCUCCGAGGAAAAGGAGGAUGCCGUGAAAAUGGAGGAGCGCGAGUGGAUGUGACUGUCCGCAUCUUGGCUCCGAUAAUCAGAUAAAUGGCUCUUUCAAACUGGGAGCUGCCCGAGUGCUGUCCAGCUGGCAGAUGCAGUGCCUAGUGCCAGGGGACAACGGCAACAUGAACGGGACCAGUGAGCAGGUGGACAUCCUGCCACCCAACUGCAUGGUCAAAGACCGCUGGAAAGUGCUCAAGAAGAUCGGUGGUGGGGGGUUUGGAGAGAUCUAUGAGGCCUUGGACCUGCUGACGCGGGAGAACGUGGCGCUGAAGGUGGAGUCGGCUCAACAACCCAAACAGGUUCUGAAGAUGGAGGUCGCGGUCCUCAAGAAGCUGCAGGGUAAAAACCAUGUGUGCAAAUUCAUCGGCUGUGGGAGAAAUGACAAGUUCAACUACGUAGUGAUGCAGCUGCAGGGCCGUAACUUGGCUGACCUGAGGAGAAGCCAACCACGGGGAACGUUCACGAUGAGUACGACUCUACGGCUGGGGAAACAGAUCCUGGAGUCCAUCGAGGCCAUUCACUCUGUGGGCUUUCUUCACCGCGACAUCAAACCGUCCAACUUUGCGAUGGGCCGGCUUCCUUCCACCUACAGGAAGUGUUUCAUGCUGGAUUUUGGUCUGGCGCGACAGUACACCAACACGACCGGAGACGUUCGACCACCCAGAACGGUGGCAGGCUUCAGAGGAACGGUCCGUUAUGCAUCUGUCAAUGCUCACAAGAACAAGGAAAUGGGUCGCCAUGACGAUCUGUGGUCAUUAUUUUACAUGUUGGUGGAGUUUGCUGUUGGCCAGUUGCCAUGGCGAAAAAUCAAGGAUAAGGAACAAGUGGGUCAGAUCAAAGAGCGCUACGAUCACCGCAUGUUGCUCAAACACAUGCCCUCGGAGUUCAACAUCUUCCUGGAACACGUCCUGGCCCUGGACUACUACACCAAACCUGACUACCAGCUGCUGAUGUCGGUGUUUGAAAAUAGCAUGAAGGAACGCAUCAUCACAGAGAACGAGCCCUUUGAUUGGGAGAAGGGAGGAAGUGAUGUCACGUUGUCUACCAGCACCUCAACUCAACCACAGCAAAAUACGCGACCCACUGCCGCAGUCUUGGGGGCUGUGGUCAGCUCGGUCCCAGGUGGAGACGUGCUGAGAGAGAACACGGAUGAUGUUCUUCAGGACGAGCACCUGAGUGACCAGGAGAACGCCCCCCCCGCUGGCCCCCAGCCCGGCCGGCCCAGCGGGGAGCCGGCCCCCCAGGCCCCCGGGGAGGGAGGGGAGGGCUGGGAGGACACCGACUUCAACCGCAACAAGCUGCGGAUCAGCCUCACCAAGGGUGCUGGUGAGGAGGAGGCGAGUCGGGGGGCGUGCCCAGUGUCCCCUGGGAGAGGCGGGGCUGUGGAGUCACCUGGGGCGCAGGUGCGUUCCCUGCGCUACCGUCGCAUCAACAGCCCCGAGUCGGACCGCGUCUCGGCCGCCGACGGACGCGCGGACGUCAACGGCCAGAGGUCUAGGAUGGACAUCCUGGGCUCUCCGUCGCGCCACGUCUACUCCUCCCAGCCGGCCCAGAUGUUGUCCAUCGACGGUUGCCGUGGCGACCGGCAGGCGAGCGGGCGCCAGGACGGCUCGGUGGCGUCCGGGGACCAGGAGGCCCACAGCAACGCCUUCAUCCGCUCGGUGCCGCUGGCCGAGGAGGAGGACUUCGACAGCAAGGAGUGGGUGAUCAUCGACAAGGAGACGGAGCUCCGCGACUUCCAGCCCACCACCUCGGGCACCACGGACGAAGAGCCGGAGGAGCUCCGACCCCUGGAGGAGCAGGAGGAGAAGAGGCGCCUGAGGACUGCAGCUGGGGAGCUGGUGGUCCGUCCAAAGACACACGGGAGGGACAGCAGUCGUGGGAUGCUGACGCUCACCGAGGAAGAGGCUUCCAGAAGGAGUGGGGGCAGCCCGGCCCAGUCGCCGUGCCACUCGCUCCCUUCAGGACGCCCCCGCAGGAGAGAGUCGGACCCCAUCGGACCCCACAGACCGGUGAUGUCCCCGACAGAACCAGCCUCGCCGGACUAUCGCACCAAGAGACAGAGUGGAGACAGGGAACACUUCCACAUCCUGCCUCAGCUCCAGGCCCAGAGAAGUGAUUUGCUCACGGUCAUCCUGACCGGCACCCUUCCCCAGCGCCGAGGCAUCUCCGUCCCUCCUACGGACCGCUGGGAACCCCCGGGGCCUGGGGAGGACGACGUCACCAAGAGUGAGUCCCACAGCGAGGCCAGUCAGAAGAGCACCGAGCGCAGCCAGGAGGCGGCGCCGUCCACCCUCAUGGCCGAAGACCAAAGGGUCAGGGAGCCCAUGUCGGCUGGGGACGUAGACCCGGACCUGGAGGAUGGCUCCAAGACCCUGGUCCUCUUUUCGCCGGGAGACACACGCAAGUCUCCCUCUGGGGGAGACCAGCUCCUGGAAGCUGGUUUAGCCACUCCCUGUGCCCUCACUCCCUGUGCCCUUACUCCCUGCGCCCUCACUCCCUCUGCCCUCGCUCCCUCUGCCCUUACUCCCUGUGCCCUCACUCCCUGUGCCCUCACUCUUUCUGUCCUCGCUCCCUGUGCCCUCACUCCCUGUGCCCUUACUCCCUGUGCCCUUGCUCCCUCUGCCCUCGCUCCCCGUGCCCUCACUCCCUGUGCCCUUGCUCCCUCUGCCCUUGCUCCCCGUGCCCUCACUCCCUGUGCCCUUGCUCCCUCUGCCCUCGCUCCCCGUGCCCUCACUCCCUGUGCCCUUGCUCCCUCUGCCCUCACUCCCCGUGCCCUUACUCCCUGUGCCCUCACUCUCUGCGCCCUCAGUCCAUGUGCCCAGACGGACAGGCCCCUGGACAAACUGGGACUCCCUGCACCAGCAGAGUGCGCUGAGACUGGCAGGUUGUCGCCGGCUCUCCGGUUUGAACUGCGACCGUCCGCCCAGAUCACUCCAGCAUCCCCACCCUUUACCAAAGUUGAACGCACUUUCAUUCAUAUCGCCGAGACCUCACACCUAAACGUCAUGUCUUCUAGCACUCAGUCCGUCAGAGAGGGCGACCAGGAUGUAUUAUCUCAACCUAAGGAAGCCGCAAUCGAGCUGCAGAUUCUCAUAAAGAGAGAAAAACCCCAGCAGGGGCUGCGUACUCAUGCACCGCCGGAGGUGCCCUCUCUGACAGAUCCCAAAUGCCGUGACAUGACUGCCCCGAACCAAUCAUCAGAGCCUGUGCCAGAAGCAAUCUUGGAAGAGUCGGAUGUUAAACAGUCAGUAGCCAGUAAGGAAGAACCUGCAAUAGAACCACAAGAGUCCAUCAGGCCCAAAGCUCGCAGUCGCAUCCCUGUGCUUGCUUCUGGAGAAGACUCUGGCUCGGACAGGUCUUCCUCCACCUCUGCCCGGGCCCAUCUUCAGAAGCGAGCUAGACAGGGGGAUCUGGCCCGCUUGCUAGUGCAGAAGCAGCAGGGCCGUUGGAUCAGGAAGAGGUUGAUCUCUGGAACGUCCUCCUCACUCUCCUCAAUGGACGAGGAAAGACAGAAGGCUUCAGAAACUCUCUCCGCCACAGGCUCAGAAGAGGACACCCAUACCUCAGAAGAGUCCAGAAGGGGCCCCUGUCUCCGGCCGACUGAGGAGCACGGCUCCAUGGAGGGGCGGAGCAGGAUCCCAAGGCCCCAAACCCCCCGGCCCCAAACCUCCAGGACCCUCACCCCCCGGCCCCAAACCCCCCGGCCCCAAGCCACCAGGACCCUAAGCACCAGGACCCUAACCCCCAGGCUUCUAACCCCUGUUAAGGGGCCCUCAGAUGAGCUUCCUGCUACACGACCCUCCCAGCGAUUGCCGCCAGGAACCAGCUCUAGCAAAGGAGCAGCAGCUCCACCUAAUAGGCUCCAAAAGUUUGGCAUGAGAAACAAACCACUUCCUGUCAGGUCUGGCUCCGCCUCCUGUCCCCGCCCCCCUGCUGGCCCCGCCCAGGCACCGCCACUACGCACCAUCUUUGGAACCCGCCGCAGUCUCAGCUCCACCCACUGCAGGACUGACAGUCCCUCCCCUCACAGGCUGCUCCCCACCAGAACCCCCCUCUCCGUCAGGACUCCACCCCAGACGCAGCCCCGAACUUCGGCUCCCCUGGAGCGGGGACGCAGCCGCCCCAAAGCAGCCUCGGGGGGUGCUAGAUAAUAAGAGAAGGUCCAUGUGGUCAAGAUGUGUCGAUGUUAGUGAGGAACUAAACGCUAGUUACAGCUCCAGCCGCCCAAUACCGGGGUGCAGCCAGGGAAGUCCACCAGGGACAUGACUUACUCUUUAAAGCUCCUUGGUCUGAUUAUAACCCUCUUUUCUUUAGCAUGAUUCUGCUCAUGGGGUAUCAUUUCCUCUAUAACCCUCUAUUCUUUAGCAUGAUUCUGUUCAUGGGGUAUCAUUUCCUCUAUAACCCUCUAUUCUUUAGCAUGAUUCUGUUCAUGGGGUAUCAUUUCCUCUAUAACCCUCUAUUCUUUAGCAUGAUUCUGUUCAUGGGGUAUAAUUUCAUUGACAACCGUCUUUUCUUUAGCAUGAUUCUUUUCAUUGGUUAUAAUUUAAUUUUCAACUGUCUAUUCUUUGGCAUGAUUCGGGUCAUGGGGUAUGAUUUCAUUUAUAACCCUCUAUUCUUUAGCAUGAUUCUGUUCAGGGGCUUCCAGUAUUGAAGAGCAAUGCUGCCAUGGUGCUAUGGAACCAUUAGCUGUCAGGGUUAGGGUCAGGGUUAUUGUGAGGGUAAGGGUUAGUGUGAGGGAUAUGUAAGUGUCAAGGUGUGGCCACACUGCACGCAUUAUGCGCGUUAGAGGCGUUGAAAAUCGUCAUUUUUGCAUAGGGAACCAUUGGUGUAGGUGCGUAGACGCGUUACAAGCGUUAAACCGGUGCGUUAGUGGCGUUAGACGCGGCAUACGCACGUAAUGACGCACGUAAACGCACCAACGCGCCCAACGCACCAACACGCAGAGUUAAAAAAUGUGAACUUUUGACGCGCCUACGUGUGACGCUUAGCCGCGAUAGCCAAUCAAUUGUUAUUUAUAUCCGAGAUUAUUUAAUCAAACUCGAUCUAAACUCUAUCAUGCACCCAAACACGGCGGCGUUUGGGUUUCCUACCUCGGACUCGCGUUGAACUAUUUUUGUGACACACAAUGAUCAAGCGUCAGGUUAGGCGCGUCAUGCGCGUUUCUUAACGCGAGUAACGCGUGCAGUGUGGCCGUAGCAUCAGGGUUAUGUUAGUGUCAGGGUUAGUGUUAGUGUCAGGGUUAUGUUAGUGUCAGGGUUAGUGUGAGUGUCAGGGUUAUGUUAGUGUCAGGGUUAGUGUGAGUGUCAGGAUAAUGUUAGUGUCAGGGAUAGUGUGAGUGUCAGGGUUAUGUUAGUGUCAGGGUUAUGCGAGUGUCAGGGUUAUGUUAGUGUCAGGGUUAUGUUAGUGUGAGUGUCAGGCUUAUGUUAUUGUCAGGGUUAUGUUAAUGUCAGGGUGAUGUUAUUGUCAGGGUUAUGACCGUGUCAGGGUUAGUGUUAGAUAAUGUGUUAUAGUGUUUGCGUUGGUUAAUGUGCGUUAGGGUUAUGUUAGUGUCAGGGUUAUUUUUAGGGUUAAGGAGCUGUUUCUCUGGCAUCCUCGCUUCACAGCCUGUGCAUAGAUACACACAUAAUUCACAGUGUAUACUGCAAUAUACCACCAUUUAUUUAGUGGUGAGGGGCAAAUAAUUUUACGUAUGAAAGACUACCUUUAAAUGAUUGUGUUCUCUCCAUUCAAUCCCAUAGUGUCAGUGGUUGAAGUGAAUGCUUGGCUAUGCUUAUGAUAAGAGAUUCUACCCUUGGAGGGAGCAUGUGACCAUCCUCUUGUAUAUAACAGAAGCAUUUCUCAUUAAGACAUCUUUAUUUUUAUCUUGCAAAGCAAAUUGUAAGCCUGCUGUGUUGGCUCUGCCUGUUUAUAUUCGCAUGAUAAAACAGACUUCACCACUGAGUCAGCUCUGACCUAAAGAGGCUUCACUACUGAGUCAGCUCAGACCUAAAGAGGCUUCACCACUGAGUCAGCUCUGACCUGAACAGGCUUCACCACAGAGUCAGCUCUGACCUGAACAGGCUUCACCACGGAGUCAGCUCUGACCUAAAGAGGCUUCACUACUGAGUCAGCUCUGAUCUGAACAGGCUUCACCACUGAGUCCGCUCUGACCCAAAGAGGCUUUCCGACUGAGUCAGCUCUGAACUGAACAGACUUCACCACUGAGUCCGCUCUGAACUGAACAGACUUCACCACUGAGUCCGCUCUGAACUGAACAGGCUUCACCACUGAGUCCGCUCUGAACUGAACAGGCUUCACCACUGAGUCCGCUCUGAACUGAACAGGCUUCACCACUGAGUCCCCUCUGAACUGAAAAGGCUUCACUACAGAGUCAGCUCCGACCUGAACAGACGUUACCACUGAGUCAGCUCUGACCUGAACAGGCUUCACCACUGAGUCCGAUAUGUGAUGGAUUGCUGCUCUUGUGGCCGAUGUAGUUGGUGACUCUUGAUUGUCAAGUAAAGUACUGGUCCUGUGGAAAUCUGUGUCUUCACUUGUUCUCUCCCACUCUUCCGCCCUACUGUAAAAUUAUCUAUAAAUCAUCAUUUUCAGACCAGAAUGACCUAUUUAUCCAGUCCCAUCAGAAUCCAAUGAAGGAAUAUUGAAGUGAGAUUUUAAACGUGAAGAUGACAACAUUAUUAGUUAUACACCCUGUCUGGUAGUUAUGGUUACAACAUUACAGAUUGUACACUCUGUGGUGGUCAUGGUUACAACAUUACAGAUUUUACACCCUGUGUGGUGGUCAUGGUUACAACAUUACGGAUUGACAUGACCUGUGUGGUUGUCAUGUCAAUUCAUAUUAAGGGGUAUUUAAUCAUUCAGCAUUACGUUUAUCCAAAGCCACUGACAUACAAUCACUAUGUCAUUAUAGGGUUACAAGUCUAACCCUAAUCUCUAUGUAAGGCUAAACAACAACAGGGUGUCCCGUAACUGAAAACAAUGUAAUAAACAAAAAAAUAUCUUAAACAUGAA